AUGGGUACAGCAGAAGCAACUUUACGCAUGGAUAGCAUGGAAGUCAAGGACGAGUGGCAGGAUGAGGAUUUCCCCAGGCCACUACCAGAAGAUGGAGAUGUCGAUUCUUCAUGUGGCCUCACCGACAUAAGAACCAAUCCCCCCACCUCUCUGAAUGUGGGAGAGUCCCAGUGUAAACGCCGUACACUGAUCGCCCCCGACAUGAACCUGUCACUGGAUCAGAGCGAGGGGUCAGUGCUCUCUGAUGACUUCAUGGAAACGCCCGACGACCUGGACAUCAAUGUGGAUGACAUCGAGACUCCUGAUGAGACCGACUCGCUGGAGUUCAUCAACAAUGGCAACGAGCUGGAGUGGGAAGAUGACACUCCUGUUGCCAGCGCUAAACGUCUUCCAGGUGAAAGUGAUGAAGAGAGAGACUCAUCCGGUCGUCUCUGGCGAACAGUGAUCAUCGGUGACCAGGAGCAACGGAUCGACAUGCAGGUCAUCAGGCCGUACCUGAGGGUGGUUACACAUGGAGGUUAUUAUGGUGAAGGUCUAAAUGCCAUCAUCGUGUUUGCAGCCUGUUACCUUCCUGACAGCAGCUGUGAGGACUACACAUACAUCAUGGAGAAUCUCUUCCUGUACGUUGUGAGCAGCCUUGAGCUGCUGGUGGCAGAAGAUUACAUGAUUGUUUACCUAAAUGGAGCAACUCCUCGCAGGAAGAUGCCCGGCAUCGGCUGGCUGAAGAGAUGCUACCAGAUGAUUGACAGGAAACUGAGGAAGAAUCUCAAGUGUCUCAUCAUUGCUCACCCAACAUGGUUCAUCCGGACAGUCCUCGCCAUCUCGAGACCCUUUAUCAGUGUGAAGUUCAUGGAUAAGAUCCGUUACAUUCACACCCUGGAGGAACUCAGCCAGAUCAUCCCCAUGGAGCACGUGCAGAUCCCUGAGUGUGUGCUGCAGUAUGAUGACGAGAAGCAAAGAACACAAAGGGAAAGGCUUGAGCAAGAGCAUCAGCAGACCAACCCAACGCAGCCCAAAGAAAGGCCAAAGUCAGUGAUAGCAGAGGUGGGCAGUGACAUCUGA